AUGGCCUCGAUGAGCAAGAGAACGCAGGCGCGGAAUGAGCGGGAGCUUCACGAGUUGCUCUCCGUCCCCGGCAAUUCACAAUGCGCCGAUUGUGGUGCGAAGAACCCGGCGUGGGCGAGUUGGAAUCUGGGAAUCUUCCUCUGCAUGCGGUGCGCCUCCCUGCAUCGUAAACUGGGCACGCACAUUUCCAAGGUCAAGUCCUUGAGCAUGGACACCUGGUCGACAGAGCAGGUCGAGAACAUGAGGCGCAACGGCAACAACGCGGUCAACAAGAUUUACAAUCCCAAGAACAAGAAGCCUGACAUGCCUCUUGACGUCGACGAAGUCGACUCGGCCAUGGAAAGAUUCAUACGCAAGAAAUACCAGGAAAAGAGUCUGUCACAUGGCAAACCAGAACCUCCUCAACGUGACGACGAUUUACCCUCGAGUUAUUCCAGACCUCAGGCUGGCGAUCCAGAUUCACCUCCACCUCCUUUACCUCCCAAGAAGGGAAAAUUCUUCGGCUUUGGUCUUCGAGCCUCCUCGUCUGCUUAUACUUUGUCAAAACACGAUAAAAAGAAGCAUCAUAAGGAGCCUCAAGUGGAUAGCACAUUCCGCAUCCCCACUGGAGAGUAUGAUUCGAGGAUGGACGAUGCGCGCUUUGAGAUGACAGACGCCGAACUGCAAAUGAAGUUGGCGACUUUACGAGACAUGGGUUUUAGCAACACCGACCAGAACACGAAAUUCCUGCGACGUCUGAAUGGGAACUUGGAAAGGACCAUUGAAGCCCUGGUGAAACAUGGCCCAAGUAAAAAUGGCGAUACUGUUUCCUCCAGAAGACAGGGACCAACGCCUGCCGCAAGACAAGAGCCCACGUCCAGGCCUCAAGAGCCAUCAUACAACCCAUUUACUUCCAUCACUAACCAGCAGACUGUUGGACUAUCACUGGCGAAAUCGCAAGAGCCCUCAACUCCGACUAGCGCAACAACUUAUGGCAGCAACAAUCCCUAUGGUCAGCCUAAUCACGGCUCGACCGAGACUGGACUCGAGCAAUCCUUUCAGUCCAUGCAAGUUUCUCAACCCCUGUUUCCUCACAGUACUGGUGGAUAUCCGAGCCAACCUGUUCCUCUACAAGAUCCCCGCUUUCAGUAUUCAAUGACACCUCCAGUCACGUCGACGCAAUACCAACAAGGCUAUGCAGCGUCGCCGGCAGCAAUCCCUGUAGUCAGCAAUCCCUUCUUCCAGCCUACCUCAGUUUCAGCUCAGUCGACAGGGAAUAACCCAUUCCUUUCCCAAGUGCCUCCUUCUCCCUCCUCGAACCCUUUCCUGAAUCUCCAGUCACCUGGACAAUCAGCACCACCACCCCAACAACAACAACAACGGCAGAGCUCGCUUCCGGUUAAUUUCAAUCCCUUUGGAAUACCACCUUCCCAAUAUUCGCCUCCGCAAACAACACAACAGCCGCAGUUGCAACCGCAAGACCUGUUCGGCACUAUACCUCAGAGUCAGCCCCAGCCGAACAAUCCUUUCCAACAACAUAGCAUGCAACAGCAGCAACAGUCUCAAAUCUCGAGUCCUCAAAUGCCUCAGAAUCCAUCUCCCUUCCCCAAUUUCCAAUAUAAUCAACCUCAAGUACAGACCCAUGCUCAGACGCAACCCCAGCAACAGACACAGACGCAAUCGAUGUCGACACAAAUGCCUCAAUUUCAGCAACAACCAUCAUAUCUCCAACCGCAAGUCUCUCAGCAAACCCAGCCGCCUACAAUGGCCCAGCAAACAGGCCGUUUCGACAAAAGCUCCAUUCUAGCCCUCUACAACUAUCCCCAACUCGCUCCCCAACCACUCGCUUCAAUCCCAGAACCUGCGUCCGAACAGCAACAGCAGCACCAACCACAACAAGCAGUCUCAUAUGCACCCUCAGGUGAUAUAUUCGGCAACAGCCAUGUCUCACCGGCGAAACGCAGCGCUACUAUGCCUGUGUCGCUGUCCAAUAUGCAUUCUGCCGGUGGAAGUGGGAACCGAAACCCUUUCAUGACCAACGUGGGCAACGCUAACAUGAAUACCGCCAAUACAAAUGCAGGGUUGAAUCCGUUCGCUAGUGGAAGCAGUAGCCCAUUUACAUCACCUCCUCCAAGCCAGACCCAGACUCAAAACCAAAGUUUUGGACAGAGUUUCGGAUCAGGGCAACCUUUCGGUCAGGGGAUGAACAUGCCCGCAGGUAUGGGCGCUGGCAUGGGGAUACAGAGGCCACAACAUGGUAUCGCAGCAAGGCAUGCGAGCGCUGAGAGCAUGAGCAUCAACAAUUUGGAAGCGGGAAGGCAUAGCCCCGACGCAUUUGCGAAUUUGAGCGCGAGAUAUAUGAGAUGA